CGAGGCGCGGGGUCCUGACUGUGUCGUUUCGUUCGGCGUGUGUGUCUCUCUGCGGGUCAACCUGUCCGUGGGUCAAUCUGUCUUCGUGUCUCUCGUCUGUCCCACCGCCGUCCUCAUGUCCCGGUGUCUCGCGCUGGCUCGGUUCGUGCUCGGUUCCUCCCGGGGGACCGGCACGCGCCUAACGACGUGCACGCGAGGGCUGAGCAGCAGAACCGCCUCGCGCUCCUUGUCCGCAGGAUUGCGGGUCACGCAGCAGCAGAGGUGGAGCAGUCAGGCCAGACUGUGGAGCGCUCAGCGUUCCUGCCUCGGCGUCAGCCAGCAGUCUUACUACAGCACCCAGGAAGCUGAGAAGGAGCCCGAGGAGGAGCCCCUGCACACCAUCAUCAGUGACACAGAGUCUGUUCAAGGCAGCUUCUCCAAACAUGAGUUUCAGGCUGAAACAAAAAAGCUGCUGGACAUUGUUGCCAGGUCCCUGUACUCAGAGAAAGAGGUGUUCAUCAGGGAGCUGAUCUCGAAUGGCAGUGAUGCGUUAGAAAAACUGCGUCACAAACUGAUGACAGCGGGGGGUGAAACGGCUCCCAUGGAGAUCCACCUGCAGUCCGACGCUGCCAAGGGCACCUUCACCAUCCAGGACACUGGAGUGGGGAUGAACCAAGAGGAGCUGGUGGCCAACCUGGGGACCAUCGCUCGCUCCGGUUCAAAGGCUUUUCUGGACGCUCUGCAGAACCAGGCGGAGGCCAGCAGCUCCAUCAUUGGUCAGUUCGGGGUCGGAUUCUACUCCUCCUUCAUGGUGGCUGACCAGGUGGACGUUUACUCGCGCUCUGCUGAGCCCGAUGCACCUGGGUACAAGUGGUCAUCAGACGGCUCUGGAGUUUUUGAGAUUGCUGAAGCCAGUGGUGUUCAUCCAGGAACAAAGAUCGUGCUGCAGCUCAAGGACGACUGCAAGGAGUUUGCCUCUGAGGACAGAGUUAAAGAGGUCGUAACAAAGUACAGCAACUUUGUCAGUUUCCCCAUUUUCCUGAAUGGACGGAGGCUCAACACUCUGCAGGCUUUGUGGAUGAUGGAGCCGAAGGAGAUCAGCGACUGGCAGCAUGAGGAGUUCUACCGCUACAUCGCCCAGGCCUACGACAAGCCCCGCUACACGCUGCACUACCGCGCCGAUGCCCCGCUCAACAUCCGAAGCAUCUUCUAUGUUCCUGAUGCGAAGCCGAGCAUGUUUGACGUGAGCAGGGAGAUUGGCUCCAGCGUGGCUCUGUACAGCAGGAAGGUCUUGAUCCAGACCAAAGCGAGUGACAUCCUCCCCAAGUGGCUGCGCUUCCUCCAAGGUGUGGUGGAUAGUGAGGACAUCCCUCUGAAUCUGAGCAGAGAGCUGUUGCAAGAGAGCGCCCUCAUCAGGAAGCUCCGUGACGUUCUGCAGCAGAGGGUGAUCCGCUUCCUGCUGGACCAAAGCAAGAAGGAGCCGGAGAAGUACAACAAGUUCUUUGAGGACUACAGCCUCUUCAUGAGGGAGGGCAUCAUCACCACCCAGGAGCAGGACGUCAAGGAGGACAUCGCGAAGCUGUUGAGGUUUGAGUCGUCCGCUCUGCCGGCGGGUCAGCAGACCAGUCUGAUGGAGUACAGCUCUCGAAUGAAGGCCGGCACACGGAACAUCCACUACCUGUGUGCCCCCAACCGCCAUCUUGCAGAGCACUCCCCCUACUUUGAGGCCAUGAAACAGAAAGAUAUGGAGGUGCUGUUCUGCUUCGAGCAGUUCGAUGAGCUGACCCUGCUCCACCUCAGGGAGUUUGACAAGAAGAAACUGAUCUCCGCGGAGACGGACAUCGUGGUGGAUCACUACAAGGAGGAGAAGUUUGAGGACAGCAAACCAGCCUCUGAGCGUCUGUCACAGGAGGAGGCCGACAACCUGAUUGCCUGGAUGAAGAACGCUCUUGGCCCUCGAGUCACCAACAUAAAGCUCACCCCUCGUCUGGACACCCACCCAGCGAUGAUCACCGUGCUGGAAAUGGGCGCUGCACGCCAUUUCCUGCGCACUCAGCAGAUGGCCCGCACCUCCGAGGAAAGAGCUCAGAUACUGCAGCCCACACUGGAGAUCAAUGCAGGACAUGAUCUGAUCAAGAAGUUGCACGCACUGAAAGACACAAACUCAGACCUGGCCGGACUCUUACUGGAGCAGAUCUACGACAACGCCAUGAUCACAGCAGGCCUGAACGACGAUCCCCGACCGAUGAUUUCCCGCCUGAACGAUCUUCUGACUAAAGCUCUGGAGAAGCACUGAGCGCCUCAUGCAGACAUGAGCAGUGCAGACGGACUCGGCUUUGAAGACUGAAGCAUUUACAGCCACUGAAGGGCCGGAGAACUGCUGUUUCUGAAGAGCACUACAGGCGUCACACCGAGCCAUAAAAACACGUCUCCUUCCCCUCUGGUGAACUUCAUAUCCUCGUAUGGAGAGCACAUAAAGGCUGGAGAGAGAUGAAGUGCCAGCAGCGUCCUAGAGAGCUUUUCCAUAAACAUUUCCGCUCUUUGUUCAGCACCGUUUCAUCAGGAGUUUCAAAUAUUGGUAAUAUCUUUCAGAAGAUUGGGCUGAGCCGGUCAUGAAGUUUGUUCUACUCGUCUUUUCAGUGUGACUUUCAUACUCCGCCCAAUGUGCUGCCAUGUAAAAACAGGACAGGUCCCUGUAAAGCUGCUUUUAGACAGGAACUGAAAUCCAAACGUUCCCCUGAAAUUAUCCGGAGGGGGUGUAUGUGAGAAUCAGUUGCUGCGGACAUUCUCCGGAGUUUUCCUGCCAGGCCUCUAGUAAAAACUCCGGAGAAUGUCCUCGUGAGUCCAUACAGCAGCAGAUUGUCCUGAGGAUUCACUCUGACAAUUUAAGAAGAUGUCAACUUGGAAAGAUGAGAUUUGAGAGCUUUUAGUGAUGAGCGCAGACGCCGGUGUUGAUGUGCUUAAAAACAAAAACAUGUGUUUUCCUCAGCAGAAUUACUACGUUAAUGCAUCCUGCAUGCUCUACCAAGGCGCCCCCCCCCUCACCUGAACGUUCCAGACAUUUUCCUGUUGUUGUGAACUCGUCCCCCCUGGACAGUGUCCUGCUGCCUUCUUCAUGUGUGAAAAGCAAAGUCUGGGGAGUGUCCAGACGCAGUUGUGUGUACGUUUUCUGGAGUUCAUGUGUGAGAACAUCUUAUGUAUAUGAUUUAAGUCAGUGACCUGCGCAUACUGAAUAUUCUGGAUGCAAACCAGCCACAAACAAUGAGAAAAAACAGGAAAACAAAUUACGGUUAUGCAUUAAAAAGUGUGGAAGUAAA